CCGCGGAGGACGGGGAGGCAGCAGCAGGAGGCCGGAGCGGCCGCCGCAGCCGGGCACAUGGCGUCCAUCUUACUGAGGAGCUGCCGCGGCCGGGGGCCCGUUCGCCUGCCGCCGCCCCGCGCCGCCGCCCCGAGGGGUGGUCUGGGAGAGCCCGCUUGUCUCAGUUGUGCCAACGCCGUGGGGUUGAUAAGCCACUUGAAUGUCUCGUUUCGCUGCUGCACUCCUGCCCACCCCGUGUACCUGUCCUUCAGGACCGAUCCCCGUGGCUGCUGGACUGCGAGGCCCGGGCGUGUGUGCUCGGUGGCCCGAGUGCCGUGGGCCCCCGCCCCCGCUGGCCUGUUGGUCACAGGGCCUCAGUUCCUCCCCACGCGCUGCUGGCACUCCACGCCCCCGCUGGGUGACGACUCUGUGGUGGAGAAGUCCCUCAAGUCCUUGAAGGACAAGAACAAGAAGCUGGAGGAGGGAGGCCCCGUGUACAGCCCCCCGCCGGAGGCGACCGUGAGGAAGUCCCUGGGGCAGAGGGUCCUGGACGAGCUGAGGCACUAUUACCACGGCUUCCGCCUGCUCUGGAUCGACACGAAGAUUGCGGCGCGCAUGCUCUGGCGGGUCCUCCACGGCCACAGCCUCACCCGCAGGGAGCGCAGGCAGUUUCUCCGGAUAUGCGCUGACCUCUUUCGCCUGGUCCCCUUCCUGGUCUUUGUGGUGGUGCCGUUCAUGGAGUUCCUGCUCCCUGUCGCCGUGAAGCUCUUCCCCAACAUGUUGCCGUCCACGUUCGAGACCCAGUCCAUCAAGGAGGAGAGGCUGAAGAAGGAGCUGCGGGUCAAGCUGGAGCUGGCCAAGUUCCUCCAGGACACCAUCGAGGAGAUGGCCCUGAAGAACAAGGCAGCCAAGGGGAAUGCCACCAAAGACUUCUCCGUGUUUUUCCAGAAGAUCCGAGAGACCGGUGAGAGACCCAGCAACGAGGAGAUCCUGCGUUUUUCCAAGUUGUUCGAGGACGAGCUGACCCUGGACAACCUGACGCGACCGCAGCUGGUGGCCCUGUGCAAGCUGCUGGAGCUGCAGUCCAUCGGCACCAACAACUUCCUGCGUUUCCAGCUCACCAUGAGGCUGCGCUCCAUCAAGGCCGACGACAAGCUAAUCGCCGAGGAAGGGGUGGACAGCCUGAACGUCAAGGAAUUGCAGUCAGCGUGUCGGGCACGAGGCAUGCGGGCCCUUGGAGUCACAGAGGAUCGUCUGAGGGAGCAGCUGAAGCAGUGGCUGGAGCUACACCUUCAUCAGGAGAUCCCCACGUCCCUGCUCAUCCUGUCCCGGGCCAUGUACCUCCCCGACACCCUCUCGCCCGCCGACCAGCUCAAGUCCACGCUGCAGACGCUCCCGGAGAUCGUGGCGAAAGAAGCACAGGUGAAGGCGGCCGAGGUGGAGGGCGAGCAGGUGGACAACAAGGCGAAGCUGGAGGCCACCCUGCAGGAGGAGGCGGCCAUCCGGCAGGAGCACCGGGAGAAGGAGCUGCGCAGACUCUCAGAGGCGGCGAAGGAAGCAGAGCCGGACGUGACGGCAGAGGCCGCCCCUGGGAGGCCUGUGGCCGAGCUGCAGCCAGACGUGUCUGAGGUGACUCUGCCGUCAGAGGCCCUGAAGGACCCCGCCCCCGUCCUGGAAGGCUCAAAGGAAGAGGAAAUAACGAAAGAGGAAAUCGACAUCAUCAGCAAUGCCUGCUCGAAGCUGAAAGAGCAGAAGUCGUCCCUGACCAAGGAGAAGGAGGAGCUGGAGCUGCUGAAGGAAGACGUGCAGGACUACAGUGAGGACUUGCAAGAGAUCAAGGAACUUUCAAAGGCGGGCACAGAGGUCUGUGUGGAGGAGUCUAAGGCCAGCAAGAGGCUGACGCGGAGAGUGCAGCAGAUGAUCGGGCAGAUAGACGGCCUGCUGGCACAGCUGGAGGCGGACCAGACGGCCGGCAAACUGGGCACGGCCGCCGCCAGCCCGCCUGCAGGGGAGACUGUCAUCAGCGUCACCGAGCUCAUCAGUGCCAUGAAGCAGAUCAAGCACAUUCCGGAAAACAAGCUCAUCAGCUUGGUCUCGGCACUGGAUGAAAAUAAGGAUGGCAAGGUCAACAUCGAUGACCUGGUCAAGGUCAUCGAGCUGGUGGACAAAGAAGACAUUCACAUCUCCACCGGCCAGGUGGCCGAGAUCGUAGCCAUGCUGGAGAAGGAGGAGAAGGUGGAGGAGAAGGAGAAGGCCAAGGAGAAGGCCGAGAAGGAGGCCGCGGAAGUGAAGAAUUAGGGGCCGCCUGCUCAUGCGCGCCUCGGCCCUUCCCGUGUCUGCCUCCACCCCGCCGCACCGGCUGCCGCGGUCCUGCCGUGGUAGUGAUGGCUCUGAGGUGAUUCUUAGUGACGCAUCUAGUAUUUUGUCUGGAAUAAAUCAGAAACUUCCAUAAUCAAGUAAUUUUUAAUUUUCAUCAUUCCACGAAGAUUCAUUCAGUCUGGAAUCCCCGAACCCUUGCAGGGAAUCACGUCCGGAUUCACACGGUGGCACGGUGCUGCAGUGGCCCCAGCCGUGGUGGCCGCACACGGGCCUCGUGGCUCCAGAGGUGGGCCCGGCCGGACUGGGGCAGGGAGGCGCCUCGCCGAGUGCCGCACGCUGGCGGCACCUGUCCCGGGAGGAGAAAGGACCGGCCGCGUGGACCCCCGUGCCCGUGGAGCCUGCGGCGUGCAGAUGGGAAGGAGGCACGCGCGGCCCUCCCCAGCUCUGGACAAGUGUCCGGCAGUCAGUCUGCGGACUCGGGUUCCUGCCCGUCAGCGUUAAAAGCACCGAUUCGUGCCCAUUUCCAAGGUCGUCUCUGUAGCGACGGGGAUCGCGUGGCCUCUGGAAAACCACAGUUGUCUGGCAGGAAUGUCGUGCCUUGUGCGAGCCCCCUGUCGUGGUGUGUCAGCUCUUCCUUGCUCUGACCUUUGAUUUUCACCUAGUCCCUCACCGGUUGACUAGUACAGAAUUUUUACACACGACGGUCCGCCUGCCGCGUGCGUAACAGCUAACGUGAAUCAUGCCGUGAGAGAUGCUAAUGAAGCCCUUGAAAAUGAAGCAUUUCCGUUUGAGUGAUUUACCACCCUCUUGUAGCUUUUGGAAAGUUUCCCAGUUUGGGUCCUUAGCACCUCAUCGCCCCUGUGGGUGGUCAGAGCAGGUCCCCCCGCGUGUCUAGGCCGACGCUCUGCGUGCGCCUCGCCCACCAUAGCCCUGCAGCCCCGCGGUGUCCUCGUUGCUCCCGGCGCUGCUAACUCGGUCCCCUGGCCCCCCGCCCCCACCCAGGACAAGUAGGCCGCUGGCCGUGCUCCUGGUCCUGUGGGUGGCGCGUCCUGAGGGGGCUUCGGAAAGGCAGAAUCCUGCCGUGGGUCCGCGUAGGGCCGGCCUGGUGCGCCCCUGGGGGAAGCGGGGCGGCCUCCCUGGGCUUGGCGCCCGGCCCUGGCCUCUGGCCGUCUCGGCACCUGGCAGCUGAGGUCGGCGGUGCUCAGUGGGCGGCCUGUGGCCUCAGCUCUGUGUCGCCGGUCCUCCAGAGGCCGGGUCCGUUAUGGGCCAGGACGCGCUCUCAGGGGAGGCCAAGCAGAGGAGCCGGAAGACAUAGGAACUGAGUGGCCAGAGCAGCCAGGAGAGGCGGAGCGCCCAGAAACGAUGCACCUGAGUUACUUGAAACUCUUCGUUCCGCCGUUAAAGAGGAAACUUGACAAAAUAGGAACACGAUUACGUAUCGUCAAACGUAAACCUUUGUGAAGUAGCAGCUGGGUUCUAAAGGGUGUUUCCUUCAGUUGUUUGAGAAGGAAAUCUAUAUAUUCUAGAUGCUUAAUUAAUUUAUCUAUGAAUGACCUUACACGCAUCUCAGUAGCCUGGUUUUCAGCUGUAGGGAGCGCGCGUGCGUGCCAGCCUUGGGUGGCCCACGUGCCCCGUGGAUGGCGGUUGUCUUUCCAGCAGGCACUGCUUUGGGGCCCAGCAAGCCGCGCCCACCCCCUGUCCUCAGCCUCGGCGCUCCGGACGUCCUCACGGAUGCUGUCCCGGCGGCGGCCAGGCGCUCCUGCCGUGCCCGCUGCCCUGGAACCCCCCUCCUGGGUUUUCUGCGCUGUCCGGGAGCAGCGCUCACCCCCAGAAGCUACGGGGGGCUUCCCGAACACACGUGGGCCUGACCUGCUGGUGGCGGCCUUCCGUGUUGGCGAAGCCGGCUGCUGGCUCCCUCUCUGUCACGUGUGGGCUUUUACUGCCCCGAACCUCACUUACUGCAGCCGAAAUCAGUGUCUGGGUGCAGGCCCAGUACGUCGGGUCUAGAGAGCGGAGGCUUGUGCGCUAAGGUGUUCAGAGGCGGCUGUGUCCUGACCGCCUGCGGCCGAGUCUUCCCGCGCUCUCUCCGGAGGGGGAGGCGCCCGUAUUUUCGGGCGCCUGGGAGGGCAAAGACUACUACUUGCAAAUGAAACAGGAAUUCUUAGCACAGGCCUCAUCCUUCACUCCGCCUGAACGCCCACUCUUGUACUUGGGAUUCAGGAAGUUGGCACGUGGUUCCUAGAGCCCUUUUGGGACGUCAGAGUCCGGCCUUUGUAAGUGAAGGGCACUUUGUAACUUUUGAAGAAUGACCUGCAGGCGGUGGUUCUCACGGAGCGGCCCUGGGGUCAGCAGGGCAGCACCCCCUGGCCUUUGAGCGCUGUCUCCAUGUGUCCUCCGGGGAUCCCAGGGCCCGCUCCACUGAGAACCUCCCUCCCGGGCUGUGUAUAAACAUCUUUUUUAGAAAUAGUGUUUUUAUUAAAAUAGGACAUUGCUGCUCCCGUAACAGUUCAGACUAAGGUCUUUGAGUCAUGUGACACAUCGGAAGCCAAUGGAAGACGUCAGGGUGGUUGCAGCGUCUGCCUUUGUGACAGCCUUGUGCCCCCACGGUCUGGUUCUGCCUCUGCAGCGGAAGGGGGUGGCGGGUGACCAUGGGCGUGAGUGUGCCGCGUGAGGCCAGAUUCCAGAUGGAGAGUCCCCUUCCGGAGCUCUGGCCCCGGCCGGGGUGCCUGCUUGUCUGGUGACAGCGGGCCUCCGUGUCGCGUCGGGCCGUGCACCCAGACCGAUCCCUGUGGUGGGGACUAGACGCUGAAUUUGAUGUAAGGAGAAGGUUUAAUAAAGCACUGUCUCCAUGA